AUGGAUGACAGAGAAGCGAAGAGGCGACGAGAAAUAGCACGGGAAAUGGGAGGCGACUUUGGAAGGAUAAUUGGGGCCGAUAAUGCAGAUGACAAUAACGAUGACGAGGAUGAUGAAUAUGCAGAAGGUGAGUAUAUCUAACUACUUAUGGCAAGAUCAGUUGAGUUAUUAUUGGGGUUAUAUGAUGCGUGUUGUUUACAGUGUUAUGGAUGACGAAGGUUGUCAUUUUUGUAGUUGUGUAGCUGGAUUUAUACGAUUGCAUGUCAGAAGUGUCAAUUGUAUUUAAAAUCAGUAGAAAAACGGUAGCUGUACAGUGUUUGUGACGUUGUUUGGACACGCAUUUCACUUGUUUUCGAUGCCAAAGCUACGCGUCUUAGAUAUGAUAUUUUUAUGCAUACAAGGCUGGGCUGUUUUGUAUAGUCUGACAUGAGAACACAUUUCUGGACUAGCCUUCCUUUUACUUACCCAAAACCCACAAGUUGGUAAUAAUAUGUGUUGGGAAAGGGUGCUGAGUUGUGUUUUUGAUGUUCGGUUAUGGGAUGAGCCGAAGAAAAUGAAAGGCAAUUAAUGGGCCGUUUUUGGAGAGUCUUAUCUUUUUCUUUUAGACCAAAUUUGUUACAUAUUUAUGUCUUGUUUCAGGUCUGGGCGUUUGGGUCGUAUCUUGCUGGUGUUUACUGUUGUUUGACAGUUGGAAACAUUUAUUUUACUAAUUCUUAUAUCCCAGAGCGUAUAAUUAGUCUGUUAUUUACAGGCAGCGGUCGUGAGGAAGAUGACGUUCCGCGCGACGCUUUUGGCAAGAAGAUCGGUAAAAAGAAGUUGGCCAAACUCCAGGCCAAGCAGGAGGCCAAGGCAGCACGUGAAGCGGUAAUUUAAUCACAUUUCAAGAUAGGUAUACGUAUGCAAUUAAAUUGCUAUAACACGCAGCGGCCUUGUCCUAAUUGGCCAUAACCGUUCUGUUUUUACUGUGCUACAUUGAUAUUAAUAUGUUAAUACUACAUUUAUAUACAGAUGCUAGCCGAAAGAGCCGAGAAAAAGAAGAAGGAAGAAGAAGAGGAAGCCAAGAGACAACAGGAGAAGGCGGUAGAAGAAGAGCGAGAGAGGAAAGAGAACGAGGAGAGGAAGAGAUUGGCAGAGGAAAAGGCGGCCAAAGAACACGAGGAGUACCUCAAGGUAUGUCACGACACGUAAGCCUACUGUAAACGCCGUUUGAGUGUAAUAUCGGUUUUGGGAUUUCAAUUACUUUUUCAACCGAAAUUACAACAACUAUGACACGUUAACACCCACGUAUUGCACAUAGUUACUUUAAAACAUUCUCUAUGUUACAGAACAAUUUAUGUUAGUAGAUUACUGUAUUAUUUCAUUAAUAGCCUAUUAUGUUUGUUUAGAUGAAAGAGGCAUUUGAAGUAGAGGAAGAGGGCUUUGAUGAAGUUGCAGAAGCUGAUGCUGAGAAUCUGCUGAACCAGUUCGUCGAUUAUUGUAUGACUCAAAAGGUGGUCAAUAUCGAUGAUCUCGCUUCGAUUUACAAAAUGAAAGUGUCAGAAGUAGCGGACAGAAUCCAGACAUUGAUUGAGAACGGCCGCUUGAACGGUGUUGUUGAUGACAGAGGAAAGUUCAUCUACAUCACCCAGGAGGAGUUCGAUGCUGGUAGGUUUUGUGUAAUAGACACUAAUUUAGAAUAAAUUUUGUAGAAGAGGUUCUAAACUUUUAUUAUUUACUUUUUCCAAAUUUGGCUUUUAUAUUUUUGAAAGUAAUUUAGUAAAACGUGUUGAGCUGCUUGCAUAUAAGAAGAAAGUGGAAUUUGCAUGUGAUUAGUAAUCAGAAUAUCGAUUUCUGUCUUGACACGUUUUUCUGUUUUCUCUAAAUGUUUAAGUUUGUGGCAAACCGAGUUCAAUUUACUCAAAUACAUUUAGCUUCUGCCUACGAGACUGCAAAACCAUCAAAAACUAUAAAAUUGUUAAAGAAUUUGUAAAAACUUUACAAUUCAGUUUAACAACUUUGGUUCUCUCACCAAAUUCGAAACAAUUGUAGUUAUCGUGUUCAAAUGGGUAUAGACAACAUUUUAACUCUCUUUUAACUACUAGCUAUUUUAGUGGCCAAGUUUGUCAACCAGCGAGGGCGUGUCUCCGUACAAGACCUCGUAUCUUACAGUAACCGCCUCAUCAGUUUGAAGCCCGCUACAGCCGAAGCGUAA